AUGGGAGAAUUGAACUACUUUCUCGGCUUGCAAGUUAAGCAAUGUCCGGAAGGAAUAUUCAUCAAUCAAGCUAAAUAUACAAAGGACUUAAUUCGCAAAUUUGGAAUUGAUGGAAAGUCCUCAGUUAAAAUCCCUAUGAGCAAAUCCCUGAGAAUGGAUGUUGAUAAUGAGGUAAAAGAUGUUGAUCAAAAGAACUUUCGUGGAAUCAUUGGAUCGCUUCUCUAUCUUACAGCCAGCAGGCCCGAUAUCUCCUUUGCAGUUGGCGUAUGUGCACGAUUUCAAUCCAAACCGAAGGAUAGUCAUCUAAGUGCUGCUAAGAAAAUCUUAAGAUACCUAAAGGGAACCCAAAGUGUAGGACCUUGGUACCCGAAAGGAAACUCUUUUGAUCUUGUUGGCUAUUCAGAUGCUGAUUUUGCUGGUAGUACCUCAGGAACCUGCCAGUUCCUAGGGGGAAAACUUGUGUCUUGGUUCAGCAAAAAGCAAAAUUUUAUUGCAACUAGCACUGCUGAAGCCAAAUACAUUGCAGCCGGCAGCUGCUGUAUGAGCACAGAAAAUGAAGCAAAAACGACAAUCACAGAGAAGAAACAAGAAGAAACUGAAAUCUUUCAUGAUCCCCUUGAAGACGAGGGCGUCCUAAACCAAUUUCUAGCAAGCUCACAAUAUCUGCAAAAUCUCCUUCGUGAUCCAACGGAACAUGAGUCACAUGAAUCAUUUCACUCUGUUGGGAACACCAUAGGAUAUGCCAAGGUAGAUAGUGUGCUAGAAAGCAGUGACAGUUUCGACUACUCACCAUCAAGCACUCCUCCAAAAAUGCCCUCCCCUCUCAGGUCCACAGCUAGCAGCAAGAAGAAAAAGACCUAA